AUGUCAUCUAAAGGGUCGGAAGAUAUUCUCACGCCACUAGCCAUUGUUGGCCUUUCGUUUAAAUUCCCACAAGAUGCUACCUCGGCCGAGGGAUUCUGGGACAUCCUGGAAGCUGGCCGGUCUACGUCAACAGAAUUUCCCGCCACUAGGAUGAAGAUUGAUGCUCACUACCAUCAGGACCGGUCUCGGCUGGAUGCAAUCUCUGUUCGUGGCGGACACUUCAUGAAGGAAGACCUGGGAGCCUUUGACGCACCCUUUUUCGGCAUGAGUCUCGCUGAAGCGCAGGUUAUGGACCCGCAACAGCGGCUUGCCUUGGAGACAGUCUAUCGAGCAUUUGAAAACUCAGGCCUUUCGCUUGCAGAUGUUGCAGGCUCAAGGACAAGUGUUGUUGCAGGAUCUUUCUGUGAUGAUUAUCAUCUGUUGCAGGUAAAAGACCCUCUGGAGGCGAGUCCGCAGGGUGUCAACGGAAAUGCAAGAAACAUGAUUUCAAAUCGGGUCAGCUGGUUCUUUGACCUUCGGGGCCCAAGCUUCACACUCGACACUGCCUGCUCGAGUAGCCUAGUUGCGUUGGACAUGGUUUGCCAGUCCAUAUGGGGUGGUGACGCGAAAAUGGGCGUCGCGGUCGGGAGCAACAUUAUUAUUGCCCCCGAGAUGACCAUGGGAUUGGACAACCUCGGUCUCUUAUCUCCCGACAGCCGGAGCUACAGCUUUGAUGACCGGGCUAACGGAUAUGCCAGGGGAGAGGGGGUGGGCGCGAUAGUGAUUAGACCGCUACAGGACGCGAUCAAGAACGGGGAUACUGUUAGGGCUGUUAUUAGGUCGUCGAGCUGCAACCAGGACGGCAGGACACCUGGAAUCCUUCAGCCCAGCAAGGACGCCCAAACACGUCUGAUUCUCGAUACGUAUGCGAAGGCAGGUCUGGAUAUGGCGAUAACCAGGUACUUUGAAGCGCAUGGCACAGGGACCCCUGUUGGCGACCCAAUUGAAACAAGAGCCAUCGGGACUACCUUUCGCAAAUACCGCUCAAAGGACGAGCCUCUAUACGUCGGAUCAGUUAAGUCAAAUAUUGGCCAUUUAGAGGGAGCGAGCGGCAUCGCCGGAGUGAUCAAGGUGAUUUUGGCGCUUGAAAAAGGCGUAAUUCCACCCAACAGUGAAAAUCUGCAAAAUCUGAACCCGCAGAUAGACGACGAAUUUUACAACCUCAAGUUUCCCAAAUCCCUCAUACCUUGGCCAACGAAUGGCCUGCGCCGGGCUUCGGUGAGCUCCUUCGGGUUCGGGGGCGCUAACUGCCACAUUGUGUUGGACGAUGCGUAUAAUUGUCUUCGCCUUCGGGGUAUUGAAGAUGAAUACCACCAGACGGCCGUUGUCCCUCCUCUGCAGGAUGGAAAUACCACAGUAGCCCACGGGACAACCGACGAUCGCCAAUCCGGGCCUGAGAAAUAUCCUCAACUGCUAGUCUGGUCAUCUGCAGAUGAGGGCGGAAUCAAGCGAAUGCGGGAUGUGUGGGAAAGGUAUCUCUCAGGAGCCACGGGCCUCGAAUCCAAAACAAACAAGUUUUUGGAUAAUCUGGCAUAUACGCUCGCGGCCCGACGGAGCCACCUUACGUGGAGAACAUUUGCAGUUGCAGAUAAUUCUGAAGGGCUGAAGGGCAUAGCCAAUAAGUUCCACACAGCUGUGAGAUCCAAGAGGCCAACGAACCUGGUCUACGUCUUUACAGGGCAAGGGGCUCAAUGGCCAGCUAUGGGGCGCGAGCUUAUUGAAAGAUACGAAGUUUUCAGGCACAGCUUAGCGCAAGCGGGAAACUACCUGAAAGAACUUGGAUGUGCAUGGGAACUGCUCGACGAGCUACGUAAGCCAAUGCCUGACUCCAACGUCGAUGACCCUUCAUUCGGCCAGCCCUUAUGCACGGCGCUUCAACUCGCUUUGACCGAUCUGUUGAGUAGUUGGAAUAUAGUUCCAGCGGCCGUUAUUGGCCAUUCAUCCGGUGAAAUUGCAGCAGCUUACUCCGCAGGAGCUCUUUCAAAGCACUCUGCACUGAAAGUUGCGUACUUUAGAGGAUGUCUUGCGGGAUAUUUGAGCAAAAAUAGUCAGACCAAGGGAGCUAUGCUUGCAGUUGGCCUCUCUCAAGUUGACGUUGAAUCGUACCUAAAGACGGUUAGUACAGCUUGUGGGCCACUGCGCUUGGUUGUUGGUUGCGUAAACAGCCCCAAAAGCAUUACCAUUUCCGGGGAGAGUGAUCAAAUCGAGCACCUGGAUCGGCUUUUGACAGAAGAUGGAGUAUUUUCAAGGAGGCUGGCAGUUAAUGUCGCCUAUCAUUCGUUCCAGAUGGAAGAGGUCGCCUCCCAGUAUAAAAGUCUUCUCGGGGAUCUCGAGCCUCCAUGCCCUCGCAUGAAGAGAGAUCCCAUUAUGAUCUCUUCAGUCACUGGAAAUGUCAUUCAUAGAGAUGACUUGGUCAACCCCGCAUACUGGGUUAGCAAUAUGGUUUCUCCUGUUUUGUUCUCCACUGCGCUGAGAGGUCUGUGCCGGCAACUACCUAGACAAACCAAGAAAAUUGAUGGUAGUCACAGACGCGCAGUCAGAGUUGAUCAACUGCUGGAGAUAGGCCCACACUCCGCACUUCAGUCGCCAUGUUGGGAUAUUCUCAAGGCCGCCAACGUGGACAGGAAUAUCAAGUAUAUUGCCUCGCUGCGACGGAAACAUUCCGAUAUGCGAAGUAUGUUGGAGUGCGUGGGCCAAUUGCAUUGCGAGGGCUAUCCUAUUGACCUAUCCCAGGUCAAUGGGUCGAGCACAAGGCAGGGCCAUGUCUUGACAGAUCUUCCCGAAUACCCCUUCAACCAUGACACGUCCUAUUGGCAUGAGAGCCGGCACAGCAAGAACUUCAGAUUCCGAAACAUUGGCCGCCUAGACCUACUUGGAAUCAAAGAUGUUGAUUCGAAUCCGAUGGAAGCUCACUGGAGAAAUAUCAUCAGCGCGGAAAAUUUGCCGUGGGUUGAAGAUCACAAGGUCAACAACGAGAUUCUCUACCCAGCUGCUGGAAUGGUAGUGAUGGCUGUUGAAGCUAUCAAGCAGCUUUUGGAUGAGGAUCGGCCAGUGUCUGGGUUUUUCGUCAAGGACUGCAAGUUUCUCUCACCAAUUCGCAUUGCCAGCCAUGGGCAGCGCAUUGAGACAAGUCUACACAUGAAGCGAACCAAGCUUGGGAAAUCAGAUUCCACCGGCUGGUAUGACUUUCGCCUUUGCUCCCGGGACAGGGAAGCAUGGACUGAAAGCUGCACUGGCUCCAUCCAAGCAAUAUAUGAAACCAGCGAGGCUGGAUUGAGAUCCAAUGACGAUGAGGAUGCCAAGUGGCGAGCCCACCUUGCCAGGAAUUAUGAGGAAAUAGCUCGGCGGUGCACGAAUUCAAUCGAUCCAGCCCAGUUUUACAACAGCCUCAUUCCCAAUGGAUACCACUACGGACCCGCAUUCGCUGCCAUAACUGGCUUGAAAACAAACGAUGCUAAUCACAAAGAGUUGGUGUCUACUAUUGGGACGUUUCAAGGGCCAAGCUCAGAUGGUUCAAAUUUUAUGCAGCCGCACACCAUUCAUCCAACGACCUUGGAUGCUAUCAUCCAUACCAUGACCGCAAUGACAAUACAGGCUGGGGCCCAGCGAAAGGUUGUGGCAAUUCCUACGAGUAUUGAGGAAUUGUGGAUAUCCAACAGUGGAAGCCUGAGCUACCCAGCUGCAGAUACGCUGGAGGUGUACGCUUGCUCGGAAGGAAGAACUGUCACAGAAUCUCAGUACGCAAUGGCUGUGUUUGACAAGGAUGUCAAGCAUCCCUUGCUCACACUUGACGGGCUUGGAGUAGCCGAAGUUGACAACGCUGUGGUACCCGACGACGAGGAUGCAUGGGCCACAGCAGAUCUUUGCCAUCAUGUCGAUUGGAAGCCUGACGUGGACCUAUUCGGGCCUAAGGAGCUGGACACCUUCUUUCCCAAAGGAGGGGUGGCAAGUACGGAUACGAUCGAGCUUUGGGAAAAGAUGGAAUACCUCGUGUCCAUCUACAUAAGUCGGGUCCCGAAAAGUCUGAUCGAGCAAGCAAAGACAAUAAGCCAUGCGCAUAUGGAUAGGUACAUUGAUUGGUUGGAAAAGCAGCAAGAGGCCAUACAUACUCGUCAGGCGAGCUCGCAUUCUCUGGACUGGAAGGCGUACAUGGAAGACGACAAACUUCUUUGUGAUCUUCACAAUGAACUGGAUCGCAGUACCAAGCGGGCUCGGUUGGCUAGCACUGUCGCCAAGAACCUCAUCAAGUUUAUUUCCCGUGAGGCGGACCCUAUUAGGCUCUAUUCUACCCCCAAGGUAGACCAGAUUACAAGGUACAUUGACGCACUGGGCCACAAGAAUCCGCAAAUGAAGGUUCUCGAGCUGGGUGCAGGAAGUGGCGCGUUGACAGAUUUAUGCUUGAAAACGCUCAACACAGACUUUCAAAACGGGAUGCCGGUUCCUCGUUACAGCCAAUGGGACUUUACGGAUAUCUCAAGUUCCUUCUUCCCACAGGCGCAGAGCCAGUUUGCAGGUUUUGAACGUGUGAGGUUUAUGCCUUUGGAUAUUGAGAAAGACCCCGAAUUGCAGGGAUUCGAGUGUGGCACAUAUGAUUUGGUUGCCGCGUACCUGGUCUUCCACGCUACGGUGGACCUAAGUGUCAGCCUGAAAAAUGCACGAAAACUGCUGAAACCUGGUGGUAGACUCUUGUUUAUCGAAAUAACCAAGCCCGGGGUUUUGGUUACGGAUCUUACGUUUGGUCUGUUUGAAGGGUGGUGGAGAGGUCACGAGUCCUAUCGCACAGCCGGUCCAUGUGUUGAUGAGGUGAAAUGGGGGGAGUUGCUGGGCAAUACUGGGUUCUCAGGAUGCGACAUUGUCGUGCACGACUUUGACGACGAUUUUCUCCACGAAACCAGUGUAAUUGUCUCAACUGCGGUCAACGAUUCCCAGCCCCGGAAUCAGAAGGCAGUCGAAAUCAUACUCGAUCCGCUUUGCCAGACACAAACUCAGCUGGCUUCCGUGCUAAGCGAGAGCCUUUUCAAAGCGGGAAAUGAUCGAGUGAAACACGUACCGAUGGUUGCAGAUGUCGGCACCAAAUUAUCCCCCGAGGCGUUCCAAGUCUCAUUGCUAGAGGUCCAGGACCCACUUUUGUAUCAGGUGAACUGUGACGAGUUCCGGCGCCUCCAUGACCUAAUUUCAAAUACGACAAGUCUGCUCUGGGUCAAUGGUGGAGGGGGUCUUCAACCCUGCCCAAAGUUCCGUCUGUGCGAUGGACUUUUUCGGGUGGUGGGCGAGGAGAAUCAAGAAAGUCAGCUAUGCAUUCUCUCUCUCGAACAAUCGUCAUGUGUGGAUCAUCAAUCUGAGCAAAUCCAGAAGGUAUUACUAUCUCGGAUGCAGGACUCUGAUACUAGGAGGGCCGAUAGUGAAUUCACUGAAAUAGGGGGGCUGUUACACGUGGGCCGCCUGGUUAACGCCAGCUCGAUAAACCGGCAAAUCGCUCUGAGCAAGAGCGCACAGCACGAACUGGUGAGGGAUUUCGGGGCGGAGCCCGCCUUGUCCUUGCAAAUUGGCAGCCCCGGCCUGCUAAAUACUCUACAUUUUGCAGAAGACAACUCCCUGCAACAGCCGCUAGGACCUAAUGAAAUUGAGAUUCGGGUCAGGGCCGUGGGACUUAAUUUCCGGGAUGUUCUUAUCGCCUUGGGACGGCUGAAUAGCCGAUCUCUGGGGUUCGAGUUUGCUGGAGAGGUGGUUCGCGUUGGGCAUGCGUGUGUGAAAUUCCAGCUGGGAGACCGGGUUGUUGCGUACUAUCCAAGCAACUUUGCCAACUUUGUGCGCGUUCGAGAAGACCUGGCUGUGAUGAAAGCCCCCGACAAUGGGCUGUCAUUUGAGGAAACGGCCGCCAUACCGAUAGUAUAUGGGACGGCAUGGUUGACACUAAAUCACACUGCAAGGCUCCAGCCCGGUGAAUCUGUCCUGAUCCAUUCGGGAGCCGGCGGGACAGGACAGGCGGCAAUACAGGUCGCCCACUAUCUUGGUGCCACUGUAUUCACCACGGUAUCGAGUCUGGCCAAGAAGCGUUUUCUUAUGCAGGAAUACAAUAUACCCGAGGAACGCAUCUUUUCAAGUCGAAAUACGCUGUUCGCCAAGGGUAUCCGGCGCCUGACCGGCGGCAGAGGGGUCGAUGUUGUCCUCAACUCACUAUCGUCCGAUCAGCUUGUUGCAUCGUGGGAGUGCGUGGCACCGUACGGCCGGUUCGUGGAGAUUGGGAAGAAUGACAUUCUUACAAACUCCAAGCUUUCCAUGGCGCAAUUCACCAACAAUGUCAGCUUCCACGGCUUCGAUCUCUCCGCAAUGGUGCAAGAUCGCCCCCAGCUAUUGGUCACCGCGCUGCAAGAGAUUCUUUCACUGAUUGAUGCUGGAAAGCUGUCGUUGCCAAAAUCUGUCGAAAUAUUUGGGAUAUCGGAGAUUGAGCAAGCGUUUCGGCAUAUGCAAAGCGGAAAAAGCAUUGGCAAAACGGUGUUGACAAUGAGAUCAACCGAUCAAGUGACGGCCAUGGUGGACACGAAGCCGACCUGCUCGUUUGACGAUCAUUCAACCUACGUAAUUGCUGGUGGCUUAGGUGGCCUUGGUCGGAGCAUUGCCCACUGGUUAGUCGACCGGGGUGCCCGCAAUUUGAUACUGCUUUCACGAUCUGGGGAUCAGAACGUGUAUGCAGGGGUGACUACAAAAAGCCUACAGGAGAAAGGCGCCACGGUCUCGACGCCCGCGUGCGAUAUAACGGACCGUGCAGUGUUGGCAAGCACCUUGGAAUUCUGUAGUCGGACAAUGCCGCCAAUCAAGGGAUGUAUUCAAGCAUCAAUGGCUAUCAGUAGCUCGCAUUUCGGGGCCUUGACAUAUGAUUCGUGGUUGACAAACACCGCUGCCAAGGCGCAGGGGUCCUGGAAUCUACAUGAGCUGCUUCCUCAAGGGUUGGACUUUUUUGUUCUCCUGUCAUCAGUGGCUGGUAUCAUGGGAGCAAGAGGAGAUUCGGGAUAUGCAGCCGGCAACACAUUCCAGGACGGACUAGCUCGGUAUCGCAAUAAGAUAGGGGAGAAGGCGGUCUCAUUAGACUUGGGUCUUUUCCUCUCAGCCGGCUACCUACAUGAGAAUGAAAGAGCCCGCGAGUACUUCCUAUCCAAUAAUGUCCUCAGACCACUCAGCGAGUCCGAUCUCCACGCCCUGCUGGACAUUUACUGCAGCCACUCUAUGGAAGCCUUUCCUAUAGAGAAGAGCCAGACUGUGGUUGGUAUCACGCCUAUUGUACGACAAAAGGGAACGGGAAGGACCGACUGGUUGCAAAAGCCCAUUGCCAGUCAUAUCAACAUCGCCGGUUUAGGCGGCUCUAGCACCUCAAAGGGUGGGAAGACCAACUUCGCCGAAGUGUUCGCGAGCGGGAAGUCCUUGGAAGAGGUCUCUUGUGUUAUUGCGCAGAGCAUGAAGGCAAAACUGGCGCAGAUGCUGUCUAUUUCGGCGGGCGAGUUGGAUCUGGACAAGCCAAUUCACCAGUAUGGGGUCGACUCGCUCACAGCCGUCGAGCUACGCAAUUGGUUUUCGCGUGAGAUGCGGGCGGACGUCGCCAUCUUCGAUAUUUUGGGAGGUGCGAGUAUUUCAUCCGUGGUGACCCUCGCUGUGGGUAAGAGCGAGUACUGCGUGCCAAAUCAUGUGGAAUAG